CGACGAACGACAGGCACAUGCCGUCCCUGGUAGGUACUAAAGGUUCUGCCGGAAUUGAGUACCAAGGAUAUGCGGGGGCACCGGAUAGGGCGGAAGCAUGCGCGGGUGCAGAUUUUGGGGGGGGCACCGCUGCCUCCUGCCUGGAUCCGUCGGCUGCCGCGAUGCACCACCAGACUUUCCCAUCGAUCUGCGAGGUGCGCACACAGACGAAGGCGCGGCACGAGGGGCGAUUUACUCCGUGCGUAUCAUUCUGUCGCACGACGCAGGGUCACACGGCCUGCUCACGUUACUGCGCCAGAUUAUUGCGUCCCCACGCUUGACAUAUUUUCCCCUGGGCACACGGGGGUUCGCGUUAAACAAACAUACAUAAGUAAGCGUCCGAGAUUUUUACACUCUCGCUCGCUCGUACGUUGUUGCCUCUCUGCCACGUCCGUACCCCCUCUCCGCCGCUACUGCACUGCCCGCACGACACGAUGAACCGCCCCCGGACCGUCUCGCACGCGAAUGCGGAGCGCAUCCUGUACCUGAAUGAGAUCAACCACCGCUCCGGCGCGAUGUCGCGCUGGGAGCGGCUGCGGCACGGGCCCAUGCACCCGUUCGUCGAGUGCUUUGCUGAGGCCAUGGGCGUUUUCAUGUACGUGUACGCCGGUGUGGGCUCGCAGGCCGUCUGGGUCGUCGGAAACCUGCUCAAAGAGGUCGGCGCGUCGUCGAUUAUGCAGAUUGGGUUUGCGUACGCCGCUGGCAUCUGCCUUGCGAUUACGGUAUGCUCCGCGACGUCGGGCGGGCACUUUAAUCCGUGCAUUACCAUCAUCAUGGUGCUCUUCAAGGGCUUCCCGAAGCUCAAAGCCGUCCGAUACAUCGUCGCCCAGCUGCUCGGCGGGUACAUCGCGUGUCUGCUGAUCUACGCGCAGUACCGGCACACCAUCCUCGCGAUCGAGGCGGCGACCCCGCCGGCCGUGCUCGCGGCGAUCCAGUACACGCCCUCGGGCCUGCCCGGGAUCUUCGCGCUGUACGUCGCGCCCGGGAGCAGUCUCGGGCAGGUCUUCCUGAACGAAUUCGUGUGCGACUUCUUCCUCGCGAUCGUCAUCUUCGGCGCCACCGAUGCGAGCAACGUGCUCGUCCCCCCUUCGACCGCGCCGUUCAUCAUCGCCAUGGCCUAUGCCGCUGCCAUCUGGGGCUUCGCUGCGGUGGGACUGUCCGCCAAUGCAGCACGUGAUCUGGGUGGGCGGUUCGCGGCCAUGUCCAUUUGGGGAUCCGCCGCCGCCGGGAACAAAGGCUACGCAGCCAUUGCCGCGCUGACGAAUAUCCCGGCCACGAUCCUCGCAUGCUUGGUCUACGAGCUGGUGUUCGUCGACUCGGACCGCGGUGUGUGCUUCGCGCUUCUCGCUUGGAUUCCCUGCUCAAAAUCACUGAUCCGGAUAUUUUUAGUGGUGUCCCAGAUGCAUCGGGAGUACCACGACGUGCAUGCACUGCACCGCAAACACGGACACGCGGCGGCGGCGCAUGGUGCCGAAGAUGACCAUACGAGCAGUGAGCAUGAGAAGGGGACCGUCGGGGUUAAUGAGCGGGUCUGAGCUCAAGUCGUGUUUUGUUUCUGUGUUAUUACCAUACAUGUAUCAUCAUUAUCGUCAUCCUCCUCGUCAUCAUCGUCCUGGGUCAUUCGUGGAAGGAUGGGUAUUAAACAAGAAGCAUAACUCCCACGGGUUGUUAGCGCAGUUGGUAGCGCGUCCGCUCAGCAUGCGGGAGGUCACCGGUUCGACUCCGGUAUAGUCCAAGGCUAUGCUUUUUG